AUGUCACCACAUCCCACCCACAAACAAGACUCGCCCAAGUCGUGUAAGGGAAAAGCAAAAGGUGCCCGUCGCGUUAGCAACCUCUCCGAGGAGCAGCGGAACAAGAAACGCGAGAACGACCGGAUAGCGCAGCAAAAUAUUCGGCGGCGCAACAAGGAGUUGAUCGAGAAACUACAGCAAGAGGUUGAGAUUUUGCGCACACGCGACCGGGUUGAUGUGGUUUGCCGGCUCAUGACGCGCAACGAGGAGCUUGAGAAAGAGGUCCGCAUGCUGCGGAAACAUCUCUUUAUCCAUGCCGGCCGCCCAUACCACCCCGGUUCAGACACACUCUCACCAAACGGCCCUCAGAGCGGUAGCAGCGGCAACGGGGACAACUCCAACGAAUACAGCCUCUCAUCACAACACCAGACUACCCCCUUCGGCUCAUCGCCCUACAUCGCGACAGCUGCCGCAACCUCAACCCACCCGUACGACCAGUGGCCUAGCAGCGUGGUACCCGUCUCUUCCACAGGCGUCACCGUUAACUCGGUUGAAUCCAGCCCUGGUGCGUCUGGCACGGGCGACGAUUUUGCCACGCCGGCAACGACAACGGCAGCAGCGUAUGCGCACACGACAGCGGACGGCAUUCCUGUGUCACAGUCAGGGAAUACGUCCGCUCCGAGUUUGGGGUCAUCUAAGGAUGCCGAGUAUGAGGAUCUUGAUGCUGGUUCGGUAAACGAUAGCUACACCACGCACAGUGUACCGCAAAGCUCGACAUACAUACAUGAACCCCCUUGGUCGGUGUACCCCACGGGUGCAUACUAUUCGCAGGCCGCGGCAAUCUGA